AUGGCGGCGCCUCCGAGCGUGACACCGACGAAAAGCAAGAAGGAGCAGGAGCAGGAGCAGCUACAAGCGGAGGCCAAGGAGCACCUCAAGACCUUGGAAGGCAGGGUGGUGAUCAAGCCCCAGCAGGAGUUGGCGCAAUCUGCCAUUAACCAUCGGGACAAGAACGCCUGCACCGUCUAUGACGAGGGAACCGGGAAGUACAAGUAUCGCUCCUGCUGCGGCACGGGCACAGUGGAGCUCGGGGUCUAUGGGGCCGGGGUGUCCCUGUACUUCCAGUUCCUCCGGCAGAUGGGCUUGGUGUUCUUGUGUUGCGCUCUCGUGGUCUUGCCGAACCUGGCCUUCAACAUCAAUGGCAACAUGAUUGUGGAGAACAGUGCUCUUUACAAGUACCUGGGGAUGACCACCAUCGGAAACCUGGGCGCCUGUGCAGAUGGCAUUUGUGACACGGAGGAGGAAAUGCAGGAGCGGUGCAUGUGGAACCACUUCCCCUGCGAGAUGAAGCUCAAGGACAUCACCCAGUGGUUGGGCCUGGCGGAUGGAGUAUCGAUCCUCCUGGUCCUGGCCUGGGGCAUCUACUUCAAGAACGUCCACAUCCCCUGGACCGUGCGCCAGAACGACGACGCCCACUUGACCCCCGCGGACUUCACGGUGGAGAUCAGGGUGCUGCCCUAUGACCUGAAGGAGGAGCACCGGAGCUACAAGGACAAGCUGCAGACGCACUUCCUUCAGGUGUUGCAGAGCCUUGGUGCGGACGUGGGUCCCGAGGCCAUUGUGGAGGUGUGCCUAGUGAGGGACUACGAGGGCGCCAUCAAGACUUUCCUCAGCAAGGGCCAGCUGAUCUUGGAUCAGCAAGCGGAUGUGAUGCACAUGAAGAUGUACGAGAACGACCAGAAUAAGUUUAACAGGUACGAGAAGUCAGCUGUGAAGAAGUAUGAGAAGAUGAAGAAAAUCGAGCAUUCCAUCCAGACACAAGCGGAGAAGAGCGACGACGAGCGCGGAGUGGUCCGGGCAUUCGUGACGUUCCGGAAGGCGAGCUACAAGUCGAAGGUGCUGAACCACUACCGCUUCUCCACGUUCACCCUUUUCCGCUGUUGCCAAAGGAAGGAGCUGCGCUUUGCGGGGAGCCCGCUCUUGGCGCGGAACGCCUGCGAGCCCAGCGACCUCUACUGGGAGAACUUGGAUUUUGCCAUGUGGAAGCGGGCGAUCCGCAUUCUUUUUGUGGUGCUGCUGACCGUCAUCUUGCUCAUCAUUUGCGCGGCGACGCUGGUGUUCUUCCAGUCCCUGUCCAAGUCUACGCUGGCCAGCACGAGCGAGGCCCUGGUCUGGGUGGUGAAGUCCACGCCCAGCACGGGCACCUGCCUGUCCUUCUGCGACUUGGAGUUCUUCAACGACCGGCUGUGCUCCGGCAAUGCAGACACCUCCGAUGACUGGCCUACUGCCAAGGUCUUCGACCAGUUCAACGACUACGGGCAGAUGAACUCCAGCUGCUCCCAGAAGUGGAGCUCCCCCUGCACCUCGGCCUCCGACUACCAGGCGGCCUGCGGGGCGGCCGUGGCGGGGGCGACGGACUGGCUCGGCUUCCAGUUCGAGACCAAGCAGCAGGUGCAGUGCUGGCAGGCGACACUCCCAGACAACACCCCGGUCAGCGAGGUUCAGAUCUUCGGUUGCCCCACCGCGCCCCCGCCGGUGGCGGAGCGGGGCUGCUGGGCGGUGGAAGAGAACUGCGCGCCCUUCUACGCCAACAAGGAGCUCACGGCAGCGAGCACAAGCUGGCAAUCGCUCAACAACAAGGUGUCCGCAGACAUGUCCUGCAACGCCACCAUCGAGCUGGAUGUGGCGAAAGCACGCUGGGAGGGCUUUGCCGAAGGCUCGGAGGAGCGGUUUCUGAAUCCCAUCGUCAACUGCUUCUGCCAGCAACAAGUGCUCAGCGUGGGCCCCGCGUUCACCUUCCCGCCCUACGACACCGAGGAGAAGAAGGUCUGUGAGGACUGGAUCGUGAACAACGCCAUGGUCGUCGUGAAAUUGCUGGGUGCCACUGGCAUGGUGCUGAUCAUCAAUCAGAUCCUCCUCUUCAUCUACGAGUACUUGGUGUCUUUCGAGAGGCACUGUACCGUGACGGAGGUGGCGCUGAGCCAAUUUUGGAAGCUCUUCCUGGCUCAGAUGGUGAACACCGGGAUCCUGGUGCUGCUGGUGAACGCGUCCUUGAACCUGCCCACGGCUCUGGCCUUCCUCAGGGUGAUGAAUAUCGGCAGCGGCCAGUUCGACGAGCUCUCGGUGUCCUGGUACGUGUCCGUGGGCACAGGCAUUUGCAUCACCAUUUUCGUGCAGGUCUUCAGCACGACGGUGCCUCCCCUGGUCAUGGCCUUCAUCGUGAAGCCCUGCUUGGCGUGCUGCUUCAAGCGAGGCGAACAUGUGGAGGCGCGGCUGCAGAAGAUCUACACGCUGCCGCCCUGGAACUUGUCCCUGCGGAUGGCCCAGACUUUGACGGUGGUCUUUGUGAUCUGCAUGUACUCGGGCGGCAUGCCGGCGCUGUACAGCGUGGGCUUUUUGUAUAGCAUCGUGGCCUUCUGGCUGGACAAGUGGUGCCUGCUCCAUGGCUCCAGCAAGCCGCCGGCCUACAACGAGGCCAUCCUGCAGGUGUGCAUGGUUUUCCUGCCGCUGGCGGGCUUUCUGCACACGGUCGUAGCCGGCUGGACCUUUGGCAACACUGCUCUGGUUCCCAGCAACUGGAGUAGCCUGCUUGGGAUCGCCGAGAUCCUGUUCAUGUCGGAGGAAGACUACAACCAGGUGACGACGGCAUACCGUUCGGCACCGUUCAAGGCGAAGAAGGAGCUGCAGUGGCGGUACUACAACGCCCGGAUGAUGGACAUGGCCCGAGAGGGCUGUUGGCUGAUCUUCUGCAUCUUCGUGGUGUUUGUCACCUACUACGUCAUCGUUUGGAGCUACCGCUUGCUGCUGAAGCCCUUCUUGUCGCCGGUGGUCUUCGCGAUGAAGGACUGCUGCUCCUGCAAGAAGCAGGCGGAAGACGACCAAGCGGAUACCUGGGAUGAUUGCCUCAAGGAGCUCCAGAAGCACAACAUGCUGAGCUCCUACCUGCUGUCUGCGAAUCCCGUCUACGAGGCAGCUGCUGUUGCCAUCGCACAUGGCGAUGCGAUGGCGGCGAGGAGGACUACAGAGCGGGCAGAGCCACCUGAGGAGGUGGCGUUGUAG